CUUGUAGUGACUAUUAUCAUGUGUUUAAUUGACAGGUAAAACGUUCUAGGAGUAAAGGUGGACUGGCUGGGCCAGAUGGUACAAAGUCAGUUUUUGGACAGAUGUGUGCUAAAAUGAGCUCUUUCAGCCCUGAUAGCCUUCUGCUUCCUCAUCGUGUUUGGAAAGUCAAGUUUGUUGGUGAAUCUGUGGAUGAUUGCGGUGGAGGUUACAGUGAAUCAAUAGCAGAAAUGUGUGAGGAGCUUCAGAAUGGGCUGACCCCUCUGUUAAUCGUGACACCAAAUGGAAGAGAUGAAUCUGGAGCAAACAGAGAUUGUUUCCUACUAAAUCCUGCUGCCAAGUCUCUUUUGCAUAUGAACAUGUUCCGUUUCUUGGGUGUCCUUCUGGGUAUUGCUAUCCGGACUGGCAGUCCUCUGAGCCUCAACCUCGCUGAACCAGUAUGGAAACAGCUUGCAGGAAUGAACCUAACAAUUGCUGAUCUCAGUGAGGUUGAUAAAGAUUUUAUUCCUGGACUUAUGUACAUUCGAGACAAUGAAGCUACAUCAGAAGAGUUUGAAGCUAUGAGCCUUCCAUUCACUGUGCCUAAUGCAAGUGGUCAAGAUAUUCAGCUGAGUUCCAAGUACACUCAUAUUACACUGGAUAACAGAGCUGAAUAUGUGAGGCUGGCAAUAAACUACAGACUUCAUGAAUUUGAUGAACAGGUGGCAGCAGUUCGUGAGGGAAUGGCCCGUGUUGUUCCAGUUCCUCUGCUUUCGCUCUUUACAGGAUAUGAACUGGAAACUAUGGUAUGUGGAAGCCCAGAUAUUCCACUUCAUCUUCUGAAGUCUGUAGCAACUUACAAAGGCAUUGAACCAACUGCUUCACUGAUACAGUGGUUCUGGGAAGUGAUGGAGUCAUUCUCCAAUACAGAGCGAUCUCUAUUUCUACGUUUUGUAUGGGGCAGAACAAGGCUGCCCAGGACUAUUGCAGAUUUUAGAGGGAGGGACUUUGUUAUUCAGGUAUUGGAUAAAUACAAUCCUCCGGACCAUUUCCUUCCUGAGUCAUACACUUGCUUUUUUCUCCUGAAGCUACCCAGGUAUUCUUGUAAGCAAGUACUAGAGGAAAAACUGAAAUACGCCAUUCAUUUCUGCAAAUCUAUAGACACUGAUGAUUAUGCCCGGAUAGCGCUGACAGGGGAGCCAGCUGCUGAUGACAGUAGUGAUGAUUCUGAUAAUGAAGAUGCAGAUUCUUUUGCUUCAGAUUCUACACAGGAUUACUUAACAGGGCAUUAAAA